AUGAAUUUACUUAAAUUAAGUAAUUUGAGUUAUAAUAAAUGUGUGAAUUUUGUUAAAACUAAAAAUAAAUGGAAUGAAAUUUUUCUUUCAUGUUGUGAGAAUAAAUGUAUAAAUACAGACAAUCCUGUUGGUAAUUGUAUUAAAGGAAAUGGAUUUGGAAAUAUAAUUAAUGAUGAAAAUAUUAAAUAUAUUAAUUGUUUGGAGUGGAGAGGAGGUCGUGAUAAAUAUGUUCGUGUCUAUACAGAAAAUGCAUUCAAAAAACCUUUGUAUUGUUUCUAUCAGUGCUGGGUAUGGCUCCGGGAGCUAGCUCCGGAGCCCGGCUCCGGAGCCGGCUCCGGCGGAGCCGGAGCCGGAGCUAAGAUUUUGGAAACCCCGGAGCCGGAGCCAAGGUUUUCCAAUUCCCCACGGCUCCGGCUAUACACCCCUAAAGAUGGGUUAGAGAAAAAGAAGUAA